AUAUAAAGUUGAAGAGACCAGCUGGCCGGAGUGGCAGUACGGUGGCUAACCUUAAACCUCGCAGACGUCAGGAUUCCGCAGCGGAUUACAUCAAAUCCGGAUAUUAUAAAUUAUUACAAAAUCAAUCAUAAAACCCCAAGUGGAUAUCGUGUAUUGCUGACAGUGCGAAAAGACACACCGAGAUAAAACCGAGAAAUAUGCGAAAUUUUCUAAUUGGCCUUUUCUUGUUGGCCCUCAUUUGGGUGGAGGCUGAUGCCCGCCUGGUGAGGGUUCGCCGGAUCCGGAGAUUGGUCGGCGCCAGUGAGCGGGAUGCUCAGAUAACGGACUUCCGGGUUUCGCCCUUGGAUGACGAAGGAGUGUUUAAGUAUGCCUUCAAGACCAGCAAUGGGAUCGAUGUAAAAGCGGCAGGAUCUGCGCUGGAGACCAUUGGCAUCUAUAGCUACACCUCACCGGAGGGCGUUCCCAUCGAGACGCGCUACAUAGCCGAUGAACUGGGCUUCCAUGUAGUGGGUCGACAUCUGCCGCAGCCACCGCCCACUCCGGACUAUAUCCUGCGAUCCUUGGAAUAUAUUCGCACACAUACUGAGGAUGGCAAGCUGAAGAAGCCGCACUUCUUGUGAAGUUCCUGACUGGAUCCUGCCCACCAUACACAUCGACUUGGAUGCAAGUGUCCGUGAUGAAGGCUGAACAUACCAUAGCAUGUACUAAUCACCAACAAAUCUUAACUCACCAGCUUAAAACUUAAGACAUAGACUAAGUUGUUGCUAGAUGUUCUAAGCUCUUCGAAAUGCGCAAAUGUUUCUUGCCUUCGGGCUGUUCCGCUUGGGUUAUAAAUCAAUCCAUCCAUCCAUCGAUUCUUUCACGGCGUGAAUUUACGGUCUUCGUGCCCAUAAAGAGCAAACAAUGGGGCUCGGUCAAACAGAAAACACAAAGUAUCUCGGGUAACCCCAACGAACUUUAGCUUGUUAUCCCAUUAACUGCGAACAGCUUUAUUUGUCUGCGUGUCUGAUUAAUAUUUACGUCUAUUCUCAGAUAUGGAAAUUUGAAAACUGGAUGGAAAACAGUCGAAACUUUGUUUGGUCGACCUUUCGAUGACUUAAUAAUAAACGGAAAUUUUUUCCGGGUUCGAACAACCCUCAUCAAAAGAGCGUCUCGGGCAGCAUUUGCAAAAUUUCGACCAAGUUCGGCUCGCUCGAAUUUAAAACCGACCUAACAUAUCUUUUAAGCGAAUUAAAUGCCACAAAUUGCGAAAA